AUGAUAAAUUUUCCGCUGGAAACUAUAAACAAAUACGAUGGGUACAAUAUUCGUUUUGAAGAGUGGGUGCCUCAAUUGAAUGUCCUUGCUCAUGAGUCAGUAAAAUUGUUUGUUACACAUGGCGGAAUGGAAAGUAUUCAUGAAGUACUUUAUGUGGGUAAACCAUCUAUUAUCGUACCAUUCUUUGGUGACCAGCAUGCAAAAGCUGUUUUGAGUCGGGAUCGAGGUCUUGGAGAUUUUUUAAACAAGAACACAAUGACUUCUAUAGAUAUUUGUAAAAAAGUACACAAUCUUAUUAUCGACUACGGAAAUCGCUCUUCAGAGCUCUACCAUAAUUUUUAUAAAAUGAGUCGAAUUGUUAAUUAUAAUCUCAACAGCUAUAAAGAGAUUUAUAAUGUGCUGGAAAUGGAAAUGGAAAAUGGAUCACAACAUCUGAUUCCACCUUCUGUUUCAUGGAUUGUUGCGAAUGAUGCAGACCUUUGGGCAACUAUUUUCGCAAUAAUAUCGAUCUCGGUUUAUGCCAUAUGGUUUGCAUACAAGAAAUUAUGUAGCAAACAAAAAGAAAAAGUAAAAACUAACUAA